AUGCCAAAGCUUCUUCUUCUUCUUGCCUUCUCUGCGAGCUUCCCCUCUCUCCCUCUUCCAUAUGUUACGGUUGUGUUCAUUGUUACUCGUUUGUUCACGAGCGCUGCUUCCAUCUUCCGAAAGAGAUUCAACAUCCCGCGCAUCUUCAACACCCUCUUAGACGUGUGCAGAUUCCUUGUUGCGAGGCCUUGUGCACAAAUCUCAUCACCACAAGCUGUUUUACAAAUCUACUUCCCUGGUUUAAUACUUCAUUUGGCUUCCCUUGGAGGCAAGAUUCCAUAUGUUGUAGUUGUGUAUGAGGCUGAAGACUUUUGCAAUCUUGUUGCGAAUGAAAGCAUCCUAGAAAACAUCUCGAGAGUUGGGGACCAGUAG